UUCUAGUAUGCCCAAUUGAAAAAGCCCAUGGACAGGGACACCAUCUCGCAAAUGAGCCAGGAAUCUAGCGACUCGCGGGAACCCCCCAUGUCCAUCCCGGCUAGCGAGAUCAGGAGGCGUCUGUCGGACUUCUUCCACGAGGAGAAGAGCAAGAAGUUCACCCACGAUCCAGAGGAUCCUUCCGCUGCUGUCCUCAAGGAACCAUGGCAGGAUAAAGAGCAAAGGAUAAGGGAAAGUUCUCCGUACGGUUAUCUGUCGACUUGGCGACUACUUUCCGUCAUCGUCAAGUGCGGAGAUGACCUGAGACAGGAACUUAUGGCUUCCCAACUGCUGGAGAUGUUCCAGAAAAUAUGGGAACUGGAACAUGUUCCCCUGUGGGUUCAUCCCUAUAGGAUUCUGUGCCUGUCAGACGACAGCGGCCUCAUCGAGCCCAUCCUCAACACCGUCUCCCUCCACCAGGUGAAGAAACACUGCCAGCUGUCGCUGCUCCAGUAUUUCAUCAAAGAGUACGGUCCGAUGACCUCCGAAGGUUUCCUCACCGCACAGAAGAACUUUGUACAGAGCUGCGCCGCCUACUGCCUCAUCUGUUACCUCAUCCAGGUCAAGGACAGGCACAACGGUAAUAUCUUGUUGCAGAGCGACGGUCAUCUCAUCCACAUCGAUUUCGGGUUCAUUUUGUCAACGUCCCCGAAGAACUUGGGUUUUGAAAAGUCGCCGUUCAAGCUGACCGCCGAAUUCGUGGAGAUCAUGGGCGGGGAGAACUCGGACAUGUUCGAGUAUUUCAAAAUUCUCAUCUUGCAGGGGCUGAUAGCGGCCAGGAAGCAUCACGGCAUGAUCAUCACCCUCGUCGAAAUCAUGAGAUCGGGUUCCCAGCUGCCGUGUUUCAAAUCGGGCACGGCGACCGUUCAGAACCUGAAGAACCGCUUCCACAUGAGCAUGACGGAGGAACAGCUCCGGCUGGAGGUGAACCGCAUGGUGGAGGGCAGCAUCCACUCGCUCUCCACCAAGCUGUACGACGGGUUCCAGUACUUCACCAACGGGAUCCUAUAACCGUGUGAUACAUUCUUAGAUUGUGUAAUUUAAAUUCACAUACAUUGAUUCGGUUGAAUAAACGAUACCACAGACUGAGCCAGGGGGUAGGUUUCCGUCGUUCGACCGACUAUUAAUUAAAACGACGCGUUAACUAAGUUCAAUUUUAUAUGAUUGUUAAAUGCUCAAAGUUUAAAACACCAGUUAAAUGCAUAUACUAAGUGUAGUGGAGGUAUUUAUUUUAAGUGAUCUGAUAAUUCUCGGACUGUACGUUGCCAUGUUUUUAUAACUGCGUUUUGCUUGUGUGUAAAUAAAUUUACAUAGUGUUUCCUAUAUUGUGUAUAUUAACGGUUAAGUGGAUAAUACUCAAGUCAAUUUUCACGUUGAAAACAAUAUUUGAGGCCAAAUAAGUAUGUGACGAUUUUUUUUUAUGUAUUUUAUUUUGUUAAAUAUAAUUUUAAUAUAUAUUUAUUUCUACACUUCUAGCGUAGUCCUGUUGAUGGAUGGUUAUUCGAGGGGCGGAACGUUGAUAAUUAUCUGAUUCUGAGGUUUAUUUCUAUUGAGGAAAAAAAUAGUAAAAACAUUCCAAAAAAAUAAACAGUUGUUGUUCAGAAAUCUUUAUGUGGAAUGCUGUAAAGGUUAGAGGCGGCUGGAUGCACAGUUUUUGGCGAUCAAGGCAUCUUUUCAAUGUUGAACAAUUUCGCAGCAAUUUUUGUGUCGAGCGGUAUAUGUUGGUAAUAAAAUUUCCAGUAUAUAAUUUUAUAUACAUUUGAGAGUUUUUUCAAAGUAGCAUAAGUUGUUCCAUAUAUUUUUAAAAAAAUUCUUGUAUCCUCAUUACUGCACCGUUAAAAAUGUGCACCGAUUUCAACGUUGAUUUUCCUGCUGUCUGGAAAUCUGAUUUUGCCGAACUUUUAUUUUAGGUUUUUUCCUCAAUUACAAUGCUAGGACAGAAAUUUUUAUAAAAAUUUCAGUUUGGGCAUAUACAGGGUGAAAAUUAAAAAUUAAUGUCAAGAAAGAAUAGAACAUAAUGAUAAAAAAAACUAUCCGUUCGCAUAAAAGUCAGUUUUGAAAUUAACCUCCGUUUUUAUUACUACGAUAAUUUUGUCUGGGAAUUUAUAUUCCGAAUAAAUUUGAUAUUUUGUUAAAAAAUAUUACGAAGAAAUGAAGAAACGAAGAAUUUCAGUCUUGGGCAGUGCAUGGUGUUAAUGUAUACUCUGCUAAAAUUUAGCGGGGGUUCUACGUCACAAAUCAAUAAAAAAAGCCUUAUAGACAUGUGUCCCAAAACGUUUCAUUUUCAAGAUACAGGAAGUUGAAAUUUAAAUAACGUGUUUAAAUAUCUCUGAAGAUACUCGAGGUUGAUUGAUGAAACUUAGACUAACGAUUUAAAUAAUUAUGGAGAAAAAUUUGUUGAGUUGUUACAUAAAUCUGAAAAUCAGUGGCAGAGAUAUUAGGAAAUACUGUCACAAUUGCAUUUAAUAUUACUUGGUACUUCCAACAAAAAAAUAUUUUUCAUUUUAUUCAAAAGACAGUCAAAUUUUGAGUUUAUUUUUUAAAAUCUAAGAUAAGCCUCUGACAUAGUUGAAAUAUAUCGAAUAUAACUUCAAAACACUUCAUCUCACAAAAUUGUUGAAAUUUCUUGUUAGAAAUACAAUUUUAAGUAAAAUGUUACCGAUAACCAUCAGCAGUCAAAAUAAUUUUUGGUGUAGCAAUUUUCAGAAAAUUAAAAGUUUCUUCUUUUCAUUAGCUAAAUUGUAUUUUCUCUAAAAAUAUUGCAAUUUUUUUUAUUUGAUAUGGAUUUUACUGGAUGAAUUUUUUAUUUAUUCAAGUGCAUCAAAGGCAUAUUUUAAAUUAAAAAAAAAUAAGGAAUCAUACAUUUUUCAAAUAGAAUGAAAGAUAGGUAUUGUUUUUCUUACAAAUAACGACUGAAAUUAAAUGCACUUAUCCAAUUUCUAAAAAAAUAAGUUUAUGAUAUAGAAAUUGUUGGAAUUUUUUGUUAGAAAUACGACUUUAAAUAAAACGUAACCAUUGCAAAAAAAAAUUGGUAUAGCAGCUACCUUGCAUUUAAAAUUCUAUUAUUACUAAAUUAUUAUCCCAAGUUCCAUCGAUCUAUGUCGAGUGUCUCAAUAUUUAAAUAAAUGUGAUCUCUUUUAAAUUUUAACACUGUAUCUCCAAAACAAAGCGUUUCUGGACACGCGUUUAUAUAAACUUUUUUAAUUAUUUGUGCCAAAUCCACCAUUAAAAUUUGGUACAGUAUUUUUUUUAAUUCCCUGCACUGUGUAUACAUGAAAGAAACUCAACUGUUUUCCUAGCCAAAAAUUGUGCAGUGGUCCCACUGCCUUACGAGAUUUUAAAAGGAGAAAUUUGUAUAGAUAUAUUUAUACCGUUUUAUUGUACUAAUAAUCGAUAUCUGUAAAUAUUUAUGUAACCAAUCAAACAUACUAGCUGAAUUUAGGUAAAUGACAGUUGUCCAUCCAUUUUUAUAAUAUAAUAAAUUUAAAUGAAUAUACUAGGUGUAAUUCUAAAAAAAUUCGACUGAAUUGUACGGAGCAGUCCAUCCCGACCCGUACGGAUUUUAAUUUACGAGUCUACUAGUGCUGUCGGUAAUCGAUUUUUUUACAUGUCGGUACGAGGUGGUCUGUUCCCUUAAAUAAAAAAAAUUGCAAAAAGACUGAGGUGUCACGUAGGCUUUUUGCAGCUCUAGUUCGUUGAUAAGUUCAUUAUUUCCGUUGGUCAUGUUUAACUUUCCUUUGUCCAUCUCUCGUUUUAGGAAUCGCAGUCUCAACAGAGCCCAGUAUGUAUGUUUUAUUAAGAGAUUUUGAAUAUACAAUUGUAUUUUAUUAUACCUAUGAAAUGUAUUUAACGAUUAAUAAACAAUUAUAAAUA